GCCCGCAGCGGGGUGAGCCCUGAGGCACCGGGCCGGCGAACGGGUGAAGGAGCACCCUUGGGAGGGCUGGGCCGGGUCCGCGGUAUCGGAAGAAAUGUCUGAGGUGUCGCUGAGGAAAUAGCUGGCUCAAGGAGCAGCUGACAGCUCACAGAAAGAAACUAAGCUUCCAAUAUUCAGAUUUUGCUCUGAAUGAAGUGGAAAACAUGACCUUUAUCAAGUGUCAAAAUCCUUUGUGUUCCUGUGUCCAUGUCCGGUUGCGUGGCCAGGUGUAAGAGUGCCCUCUCCUGGGUGGAACAUAGCAGUUUGCCUUGCUCGGCUGAGACGGCUCCCUCCUUUGGGAAGCUUUCCUUGCGUUACAAAUAGCUCAAGGUGUUCACAAACAAGUUCAGGUUUAUCCAGAGAGCCAUGGCAGAAGGUGGAUUUGAUCCCUGUGAAUGCAUUUGCUCGCAUGAACAUGCAAUGAGAAGACUGAUUAAUCUGCUGAGACAAUCCCAGUCAUACUGCACAGACACAGAAUGCCUUCAGGAAUUGCCAGGACCAAACUCCUCCGGUGACAAUGGCAUCAGCUUUGCCAUGAUAAUGAUGGCCUGGGUUGUGAUUGCACUUGUCUUGUUCUUACUGAGACCUAGUAAUCUAAGACGAUCAAACACAGCCAGAAAGGCAACCAGCCAACACAAUGGACAAGAACCACCAGCCCCACCAGUGGACUAGAGCAUUCAGUAUUGGAAAAGUUCAGCAGCUAAAACCUUGCACGACCAAAUGAACGAAGUGACCAGAUUACUCUUAAACCGCACUCAAUAUGGUUUCCUUUUCUCAUUUAUAUAGAGCAGAGUUAUCAAUCAGCAGUAAUCUUCAUGAACUGCUUUUAGUGACUUCAAUUUUAAGUUAAUUUUUGCUUUGUAUGUUACUACAAUUCCUAUAAGAUUGUAAUUUGAAUAAUGGUAAGGCAUUGCAGGGGUUUUUUGGUUGUUACUGUUACUGUGGACAUUCCACUCAGUCUCUUUCUAUUACAGUGAUCCUAAUUUCUUUGCCAUGAUUUCUGAUAAGCAUUGAACGAAAAAGAAAAUCCCAGUCCAUCUAUAAGAAUGAAAGGUUACUGACCUUUCUUCAGAUUAAUUCGUACUACUUCUCUAGUAUGCUUUUGAGAGUUAUAUUGUGGUUGGAAUUACAUAGUUAUGUCCUGAAAAAUAGAAAUUGUUUUAUAUUUGCCCUGGUUUCAGAGCAGCUUUUCUUCUGGUGUUUGGACCACUAACACAGUUUCCAGGAUUGCUGGCAAAAGCAUGGAUUGUCCACCAGAAUUAUACUGUGUGUGUGUGUGUGUGCAUGCGUGUGCGCGCAUGCACACAUAUGUAAGUGAAUGUGAUGAUUGCCACUGUCAAAGUUUUGAUCUAUAUAUUGGGAACUUUACACAAAAGAUUAUAUCACAAAAAAAGUUAAUUUAGCCAUUUUCAUUAAUAAAUUGUAUGUCUUAUUCAA